ACAUAACUGGCAGAUAAAUAUAAACAAGUUCCUUUUUAACACGCAAACUCACUAUAAAGAAUAAAUAUUAGACAUACAGAGACAGUGACAGAGAUAUUUAGACACUUAUAGACGUCUACUUAGUCUUAGCAGACAACUUCUAACCUCUUUUACUAUUGUCUAACUUACAAUUUGAAAUGGCUUCUCAACCAGCGUAUCUCCAUGGUCGAGGGAGGGGCAGAGGGACAAGAAAUCAAAAUGUUAACCAUACAUCACAUUCGUAUGGGCAGUUUCAAACACCAAAUGGCAAUAGUCCUGUGAGGCCUGGUCAGAAACUCUUAUCUAACAAUGGACUGGCUGUUUCAAGUCCCACAAGUCCCAGUGGUGAAAAUCGUUUGGAAGCUUCAUUAAAAUCUGUGGAAGAUAUGUUUGCUGAAGCUAGAAACAAGCAUAUGGAGUCUGCGCAGCGUCACUUAACCAACACUGAAGCAGAACUGGAUGAAUCAGAAGAUGAAGAAGAUAUUGGAAGCCUGGUACUUGAUGGUGUUUUUCAGUCAUAUUCAAAAACAUUUGACUCUGGAAAUAGAAAUGAUGUACAGUCUGCUCAGGAGAAACUUCUGCAUUCUUUCAGAUCUGGAACUUCAGCUUGUCUAGUGUGCAUUGAAACUAUUAAAAAAGAAGAAGCGAUCUGGAAUUGCUAUGGAUGUUUCUGUAUGUUCCACAUUACUUGUAUACAAAAGUGGGUAAGAGAAGGAGUUUAUCAAAAGCAGUACAGCUCUGGUGACUUUAUUCAAGAGAAAUCAAGUACACCAAUCUCCUGGCAUUGCCCUAAAUGCAGACAUGAAUAUUCUCAGAAUGAAAGCCCAACAAAAUACUUUUGUUUCUGUGGUAAAGUGGAGAAUCCAAAAUUUGAUCCUUGGUUUGUACCUCAUUCUUGUGGUGCAGUGUGUGGACGUAAACUUCAACCACACUGUGGACACACAUGCCUGUUAUUAUGCCAUCCAGGUGCCUGUCCACCUUGUCCUAUGACAGUAGCGUCUACUUGUUAUUGUGAGAAAAGCUCGCCAAGGAUGGUCAGGUGUAGUGCCAAGUCCUGGUCAUGUGGCAAGACAUGUGGACGUCUCUUGUCCUGCAAACAACACAAGUGCACUCAGACUUGUCACUCUGGUGUUUGUCCACCUUGUGUUAAAACCAGUUUUCAUCCAUGUCUCUGUGGUAAGGACAAAGCUGAAAGACCUUGUGAUUCUAUUUCUUGGCACUGUGAUAAAAUGUGUGGUAAACCUUUAAAUUGUGGUAAUCAUGUUUGUGAAGUUGUUUGUCAUGAUGGCAAAUGUGGCAGUUGCCCUCGUUCUGGUCUCAGGAAAUGUCCCUGUGGGAAAACAGAGUAUAAACUUCCAUGUACUGAAGACAUUCCAACCUGUGGUGAUACGUGUGGUAAGCCUCUAGCAUGUAGUCAGCAUACCUGUACUGGCAGGUGCCAUUUAGGAGAAUGUGGCCAGUGUAUGCAAAUGUCUGUGAAGAAAUGUCGAUGUGGGCAGCGGCAGAAGGAGGUUCCCUGUGCUAAAGAGUUUUUGUGUGAGAAGAAAUGUAGCAACAUGAGAAACUGUGGUGUCCACAAAUGUAACAGAAAAUGCUGUGAUGGAAAUUGUCCAAGUUGUGAACAAGUUUGUGGGAAAACUUUAAAAUGUAGAAAUCAUAAGUGUGCUAGCAGGUGUCACAAAGGUCCCUGCUAUCCAUGUCCAUUAACAGUUAGUGUCACAUGUAACUGCCAGGCUACCAAAAUUUCUGUUCCGUGUGGAAAGGAGCGUCAGACUAAGCCUCCACGUUGUAAUAUACCUUGCCAAAAACCAUCUGAAUGUCAUCAUCCAGUGCGUCAGAAACAUAGAUGUCACUUUGGUGAUUGCCCAGCAUGCAACUAUGUGUGUGGACAAAAGCUGGACAAAUGUGAGCACACCUGCCCUGUCAUGUGUCAUGAUGCAGUCAUGACUAAAGUGGAAGACAAAAGUGUUAAAGUAGGUCCUUGGGAUGCUAAACCUGUGAUCAUUCAAAAGAUAGCCAAACAAUGUCCACCUUGUCAAGUGCUGAUUGCUGUCCAAUGUCUUGGAAAGCAUGAAACUAGUGAGAUUCCUUGCUCCAGAGUCAAGCCAUACUCGUGUGGCAGGAAAUGUGGUCGUCAGUUAUCCUGUGGUAACCAUCUCUGUCAGCUGGACUGCCACAAAGUGACGGACAUUACAGACAGUGACUUGGCAGGUGAAGAGUGUCAGAAAUGUGAAUCGGGAUGUGAGGCCAAACGACCAGAUGGCUGUUCUCACCCUUGUGUCAAGCCUUGCCACCCUCCACCCUGCCCACCAUGCCACAUGAUGAUACGCAUGCGCUGUCACUGCCAGACAUUGGUCAAGCACAUAGAGUGUGUCAAAUGGAUCUCUGCUUCUAGUGCUGAGAAGGAUAUGCUCAAGUCUUGCGAGCAGCCCUGCCCUAAGGAGAUGGCCUGUGGUCAUCCCUGUGGAGCUACAUGCCACAGUGGCAGCUGCCCCAACACUAACAAAUGUGACAAGAAAGUGAUAUUGAAGUGUAAAUGUAAAAGGAUAAAGAGAGAGAUCUUUUGUCGAGAUAAGGACUGCACACCUAAACCAGAGUGUGACAGCAACUGUAAACCUAAAACACAGAAUUUAGAUGACAUGGCCAAGAUCAAAGAGAAAGAAGAUCUGAAAAAACAAGAGGCUGAGCUACAGGAAUAUGAGAGAAUGAUGAGAGGUCGCAAAAAGAAGCCAAGAAAGCAUAAAGAGGAAGCGAUUGAAGAGUCUUUCUUCAGUAAAUAUAAACUACAUAUCCUCUUCUCCUUAAGUGUGCUAACAGCAUCUUCUGUAGCUGUGUACCUGGCAUAUGUUUAAAAUUAGAAAUGAAUAUAUUGUUUUUUGUUAAUAUUGUGUUAUAUAUUCAAAUGAUAUUAGAAUAUCCUAGUGUCAAGCAUUUUUUCUUAUUAGGUAUAUAUUGGAUUUUAGUGAAGAUAUUUUUACAUAAAUUGUUGAAUUUGUUCUCAUUUUAAUUCAGUUCUUGUUUUCUAAGCAUUUCAUUGUACAUUAGUUGCUGAUGUACAAAGACAUUUAAUAGAAGUUGGACUGAGAGUUUUGUUCUUUAAGAUGCAAGUUACUUCUCAAAUUGAUUUAAAUCUCGUAACAUUUUUCCAUGCCUCAUAUGAGCAAUGUGUAUCCCAGUAAGUCUUGUGAUUUUGUUUGUAUUUAACCUUUUUUUUGCUUGUUUCAAUUUAUUAUGAUUUAAAUAAAAAUGUGUAAAUGAUGUAAAUAGUUAUUGGUACGGUAUAUCUUAGGUUCUGUUGUUUUAAUGUUGAACUGGUUGAAACUAGCACCUUAUUAUUCAUUCAUUAAAAAAAAUAAACUUACUUUUUUUUGUUUUGGUUAAAAUCAAAUGAACAUCCAAAGCAUGCAAGAAUUACUGUAAGAUUUUAGUUGGGGUAGUGAGUGUAGCUGGCUAAAGAACAGCGUUCUGUCCAUUGUCAACAAUAAUAUCUAAAAUCUUUACCUAGACAUAAUCAAAAAAAGUUGAUUACUUUUUUCCAUGUAUAUGUCAUUAAAUUUAUGAUUCAUAAUUCAUUCUUUUUUAAAAUAGUAUCUUGAUGCAAAGUGACUCAACAGGAAAUGAUUGCAUUGCAUAGUUUUAAGAACUACAACAAAAAGAUGUCUAAAUUGUAUUGUCAACAUUCUUGAGCAGCUUAUUUAGCAUUUAAAUUUAGAAGAAAAUAUGUAUUUGUCCUCUUUACAAAAAGAAUAUGCUUUUAUAUUUAUUCUGUUUUUUUUAAAACAGUAAAUUGUCCCAAUAUAGCUACUUCCUUAAGCUUUUAUUUAUAAUACAAUAGUUUGUUGAUAAACAGAAAAGUUUGCUGUCAUUGGAAGACUAUGGUCCCUAAUAAUCAAGUCAUAAAUACAAUUUGAAUGUUCAUAAAAAUUAGCAGCUUGUCUCUGCUGUUGAGAACAAGCCGGAAUGGACCUCAUUCACCAAUCGUUAAUAAACACAUUUAGCCACGUCAUAAUAUUGAUAAAACGAUGAAAACUAUGUAUCACGUGACAGCCUUUACGGAUUACAUAAUUUGUAUAGAAGAUAUAGAGAAUCACGUGGCUAAUUGUUGUUUGUUUACGAUUGGUGAAUGUGGUCCAUUACAGCAUUUCGCAUCCUGUUAACCAUUGUCAUAAUUUAUAGGUAUUAAUUUAUUUGUUUUGAUUAUAUUAAGACUCAUUUUAAGUUAUUUUAGUUUCUUUUCUGUGACCAUAAUUUGUACUUCUUUAAUUUUUAGAUUCCUUCUUGUUUCUAUUCUUCCACUUGGCGAUCUAGGAUAGGUUUACAGAACCUGAUAAAAUUAUAUGUACUGUCAUAUUGUCCAAUUUUUUAGCACAAAAACGUAGUGGAUUUUUAUUUUUAACUAUUGGAAGUUCAAAACUGCUGUUUCAAUUCUAGAUUUUGUCUUUCAGUAAUUAUUUCUUGUCACUCAGUGUCCAUCCAAAAUUGAUUUUUAAUUAUUAUUGCUUGUGUUUGUUGGUUAGACUACAUCUCUACAAAUGUUUUUCAUUCAACUAUUGUUAUUGGAGGAGGCGCGGUGGCUGAGCGGUAAAGCGCUUGGCUUCCGAACCGGGGUUUGAAUCCUGGUGAAGACUGGGAUUUUUAAUUCCGACAUCUUCGGGCGCCUCUGAGUCCACCUGUCAUUAGCUAGGGAAAAGUAAAGGCGGUUAGUCGUUGUGCUGGCCACAUGACAUCCUUGUUAACCGUAGGCCACAGAAACAGAUGACCUUUACAUCAUCUGCACUAUAGACCACAAGGUCUGAAAGGAGAACUUUACUUUUACUGUUAUUGGAAGGGGUUUCAUUAUUCUCUUCAUUUGGUUCCUGAGGAAGUGUGCAGUUAAAUCAAACUGUUACAUAAAAUAAAUAGUUCAUUGUCAUUACAAACUGUGAUGAGAUUAAUCUUGAGUGAAUAAUUGUAUUUCAUUAAGUUUUUAAUUGUUGAAAAUAAAGUUUUAAUCCAACGUAA